ACUAUCUAGAAUCUAUGUCUUCGUUGUGGAUAAUAAAAACCAGACUCAAAAUAUCCAUACCCAUCUCUCUCCAAAAACUCAAAUUCUAGAGAGAGAGAACUCACCUCUGUCUUCCCAUGGAAGCCUUAACUUUCUCCACAGUUGCUUCCCGCCAUUUCUCCACAGCUUUCCCGAGAAAGACGCACCACAACCACUCGGCUACAUCUUGGACCGGUUCAACUUCGCCACACGCGCUCUCAUUCCGCUUCAGUAAUUCAUCGUCCACGAGGGAGCUAUGGGGAAUUGUGAAUUCGCAGAGAGUAAUUCCGGUCAAGAGAGAGAGGCGUGGGGUAAUCAGAGCAGAGAUGUUUGGUCAGCUAACCAGUGGCCUUGAAUCCGCCUGGAACAAGCUUAAGGGCGAAGAGGUCUUAACGAAGGAGAAUAUCGUGGAACCAAUGAGGGACAUUAGACGAGCUCUUCUGGAAGCAGAUGUUAGCCUUCCCGUUGUAAGAAGAUUUGUUCAAACCGUAAGUGAACAAGCUGUUGGUGUUGGUGUGAUUAGAGGAGUCAAACCAGAUCAGCAAUUGGUUAAAAUUGUAAGUGAUGAACUCGUGAAGCUAAUGGGAGGAGAAGUUUCUGAGUUAACUUUUGCAAAAUCUGGCCCCACUGUUAUCUUACUGGCUGGUCUACAAGGUGUUGGGAAGACAACUGUUAGUGCAAAAUUAGCUUUGUACCUCAAGAAACAGGGGAAGAGUUGCAUGCUGAUUGCUGGAGAUGUAUAUAGACCAGCUGCAAUUGAUCAACUUGUUAUUUUGGGUAAACAGGUGGAUGUUCCUGUGUAUGCAGUAGGGACUGAUGUAAAACCAGCAGAAAUAGCUAGACAAGGUCUUCAAGAGGCUAAAAAGAAGAAUGUAGAUGUGGUUAUAAUGGAUACAGCAGGAAGACUUCAGAUAGACAAAAAUAUGAUGGAUGAAUUGAAAGAUGUGAAGAAAACAUUGAAUCCUACAGAAGUUUUGCUUGUUGUGGAUGCAAUGACAGGGCAAGAAGCUGCAGCCUUGGUGACAACUUUCAACCUUGAAAUUGGAAUUACUGGAGCUAUUCUAACUAAGCUAGAUGGGGAUUCAAGAGGUGGAGCAGCUCUAAGUGUUAAAGAGGUGUCAGGAAAGCCAAUUAAGCUUGUGGGACGUGGAGAGAGGAUGGAGGAUCUUGAACCCUUUUAUCCUGAUCGUAUGGCAGGAAGGAUCUUGGGCAUGGGAGAUGUUCUCUCAUUUGUGGAGAAAGCACAAGAAGUUAUGAAACAAGAAGAUGCUGAAGAUUUACAGAAGAAGAUCAUGAGUGCAAAGUUUGACUUCAAUGACUUUUUGAAGCAAACUCGUGCUGUUGCAAGGAUGGGUUCCAUGUCUCGUGUUCUUGGAAUGAUUCCUGGAAUGGGAAAGGUUACUCCUGCCCAAAUUCGAGAAGCAGAAAAGAGCUUACAAAUAAUGGAAGCCAUGAUUGAAGUGAUGACACCAGAGGAAAGGGAGCAGCCUGAACUACUUGCAGAAUCCCCUGCCAGAAGAAAGAGAAUUGCUCAAGAAUCUGGAAAGACCGAGCAGCAGGUGAGCCAACUUGUUGCUCAGCUAUUUCAAAUGCGUGUUCGGAUGAAGAAUUUGAUGGGUGCAAUGGAAGGUGGAUCCGUUCCUGCACUAAGCAACCUUGAAGAGGCGAUCAAAUCCGAACAAAAGGCUCCUCCAGGGACUGCGAGGAGGAAGAGAAAAUCAGAGUCGAGGAAACAAUUUGCGGGGUCAGCAGGACGGCCAAAUCCUCGUGGUUUUGGUGGUGGCAACUGAAGAAAAUAAUAAUCUUUUUAUUCGGAUUAGUAGAUAGAAUGAAUAUUAGAUGAUUUAGCCUUGAAAAGAUAAAGGUGUAAAGUAGUUUUCGUGCAAAAUUACAUAAAAACCAAUUGAAACAGCUUUUUGAGAACCAAGAUAUUGUUUAUUUAAAUCAUGAUAUGGAACUGGGGCAUG